AUGACGGUGAACGACGAAGUGAUUGAGAUUUCAUCCUCUUCAGAAGAAGAAGAAGAAGAACAACAAGAAGAAGAAUUAGUAGGGGAGGAGCGGGAAGAAGACGAAGAAGCAGAAAGCGAAGACGAAGAGGAAGAAGAACCAUCAUCAUCUCCGGUGGUUCGGUGUGCAAUUCGAACGACGAGAAGCGAAGAAAGAGAAGAAGAAGACAAAGAAGAAGAAGUGAUUUUGAUUGACUCCGACGACGAUGAAGAAGAAGAAGACAAAGAAGAAGAAGAAGAACAACAACAAGAACAACAAGAACAAAAACAACAACAACAACAACAACAAAAACGCUUCUUUAACAUCGGCACGGAAGUUUUAAUCCAUAACAUACUCAGUAAACCAGAAUUAAACGGAAGAAAAGGAGAAAUUAUGGAGUACACGGGCGGGUUUGAUCGAAGGUAUUCGGUGAAAGUAUUCGGUAACGUCUUGGCGUUGAAAGAGGUGAAUUUGAUUGAUUUUAACACAGACGGAGAGAGAGCGAUGGAAGUGAUGUUACAAAUACGCGCCGCGGAGAAUCGAGAUAGUGACGACGAUACUACUAAGAAAAGGAAAGAGAUGAUGGAAAACGAGGAGGAUAACGUGAUGUUGCCUACGCACAGAAAUGAUGACGUCUAUGGAGAAGAUGACGAUGAAUCACCCUUGUAUAGAAGAAUGGCGCCGUCGCCGCCGCCGUCGGAGUCGCCUCCGGCGAGAAGGAUGGUACCGCCGCCGUCGCCGUCCACACAAUUUACGCCGACGAGAAGUAAAUACGCGCGAACGUUACCGUAUGCGCACCCCGCGUAUCAAAGUGGGAAAAGCAAAAUGUUUGGUAAAAUCACGUGCGUGUUAGAUCACGACUUUGCGAUUAAAAAUGUCGGUAAAGCAGUCAUGCAAGGUUUGGACGCGCCGAAUGGGAUUUCAGGCGUAUCGAAAGACUAUAAAAAUCGAUUGCGAUGUACGUCGCGAACUUUAUUGCCUAUCCCCGCGAGCAUCACGUGGAUUCGGCAUCCGGAGAAGGAACUGAGAUCGAACGAAGAGUGCAGAUUUAUGUUGCAAGAUUUGACGCAAAUGCAAGUCGAGGAAGAUCCGAGAUUAUACUGGUCGAUGCGCACGACGUUGGUUUUAAACGGCGAAGAGUUUGUGAAACUCCUCGAAAAAGAGGAAGAAACGGAACGCUUGCAACACAUACAGGACGGUUCUUUAUCGGAUGUUCUGUUGAAAGCGAAACGACGCUCGGACUCGGUUGGUAUUCUCACGUUGUUGGUGUACGGAUUAGACGAUUACGUCUUGAAACGAACGAGGAAGGAGAUGGCCCAGGUCGGCGCCAAAGACGCGUUCAACGAUAAGUUUGUUUCCGCGAUGAAAACGAAAUUAAUCGUACGCUCGGGCGGGUUUGGGAAUCUAGGAAAGAUUCAAGUCAAAGUAGUGGAGUGUUUAAACGAGCAAGCGGUCGUUGAUAACAUCAUCGGCAUGCACAGAUGGUUAGCAGAUCUUCCGUUUAAGAAGAACCACAACGCGAUAUCGGUAGGCGUCGUCGCCACGGUGGACGAGAAGAAAAUUAAAAAAUUGGACCAUUUGAACGUCUCGUGGGUGAAAGCGCUGGCAGCGAUAUCGGGAUUAGCCGAGGAACACGCGCACGUCGUCGCGAACCGCUUUCCAAGCGCGAAGAAGUUGAUUGAACAUUUCGAACGGUAUAAAGACGAUCGAUAUGGUGGUGAACACGUCAUCGCGGAUUUGAAUAAAUUUUCAAACAGACACCGCGACGGAAGGCAAAAGAUUGGAAUUGGAGUCGCGCAAAGGUUACGCGUCAUGUUCAGUCAGAAAGCGAGAGCUGGUGAUAUAUUGUGA